CGAAUCGCCUCGGGAGUUUUGGUUAUCAUCACGGAGCAAGAUUUCAGUCUCGGGGUCGCAAUAGCCUCGACAAUCCUUCUGAACACGGGCGUGUUCCCCUUGAUUGCAGCCACUUUGGGACUCAUCCGAAUCAUAAUCGUCCUUGAACACGACGAAAACGCAAGACUCAGACAAUGCCUGCUUGUAUCCCGCGUGCUUUUCUUCGCAGGAAUGGGACUUACUGUUACCGGCGGGGUUCUCGAGGGAAGCGACAACGACUCCGAUGUCCUUAUAGGCGUUAAACUUGUCAAAGCGGGAUACUUUUUUGUAGUAGUUUUCUUACUUUGUUUGCUGGUUGUUCAAGGAGAGCUAACAACUGGUUGGCAGGCUCUGAAAGCUAUGGCUCUAGCUGCACCAUUCAUGGUCGUCCGCAUCACCUUCCUCUUCCUUUCGGUAUUCGAUUCAUCCGAUCUGAGAUGGAGUGCCUUGUACGGCCCGAUAGCCCCAUUCUUGGCCAUGGGGUUGCUGAUGGAAUACUCUGUCGUGUGUACUUAUCUCAUAACUGGUCUCAUUAUGUCGCCUUGGAAGAGAUCGAGACUGUAA